AAAAAGAAAAGAAAAAACAAAUCCCAAAGGUGGGGGGAGGUAAAGGAGGGGGAGAGGGAAGCACGAAGAAAGCCCCGAACAACCAAAAAUUUUAUAAUCUGACAGAUAAAGGAAAAACUUUUUCAUCGACAUUACAACAAAUCAAGAAUCAGAAACAACGCAUUCUCGAUUUCACCUUUUUUUUUUUUUUGCUUUUCUGGGGAUUGAAUCUCGUUUCGAAGCAUUCUCGCAUUCGCAUUGUCGGUGUAUCUGUCGGUGUAUCGGAGGGGAUUAGUUUUAACAAGAAGAGAAGUUCAAUGUUGUUGCUCUGAAUCCUCAACUUCGAUCCGUCCAUACAGAAAGCAAAAAAGAACAUCGAGUUUCUAAUAAUUCGUUAGACAAAUUAUGGUUGCUGCCUUCAAUCCUGCUGUUGGGUCCCAUGUGUGAGUGGAGGACCCCGAUGAAGCAUGGCUAGAUGGUGAAGUUGUUGAGAUUAAUGGUGACCAGAUCAAAGUUCUCUGCACUUCAGGGAAACAAGUCGUUGUUAACGCUUCCAAUAUAUAUCCAAAAGAUGUCGAAGCGCCAGCAUCUGGCGUGGAAGAUAUGACAAGACUGGCUUAUUUACAUGAACCUGGAGUUCUUCAGAAUUUACAAUCAAGAUAUGAUAUCAAUGAAAUUUAUACAUAUACAGGAAGCAUACUGAUUGCUGUUAACCCAUUUAGAAGACUUCCGCAUCUAUAUAGUAGCCAUAUGAUGGCUGAAUAUAAAGGGGCUUCCCUCGGUGAGCUGAGUCCACAUCCUUUUGCCGUUGCAGAUGCUGCUUAUAGACAGAUGGUUAAUGAAGGAGUUAGUCAAUCUAUCCUGGUUAGCGGAGAAAGUGGUGCUGGUAAAACUGAAAGCACAAAGUUGCUUAUGAGAUAUCUUGCCUACAUGGGUGGGAGAGCUGCUGCUGAGGGAAGAAGUGUUGAGCAGAAAGUGUUGGAGUCGAAUCCUGUUUUAGAAGCCUUUGGAAAUGCAAAGACUGUUAGGAACAAUAAUUCCAGUCGAUUUGGUAAGUUCGUGGAGAUUCAAUUUGACGAAUCGGGGAGGAUAUCGUGUGAUGAAAAAUCACUUGAGGAUUCUCUAUGCAAGCGUAUCAUGGUAACUCGUGAUGAAACAAUCACAAAAACUCUUGAUCCAGAAGCAGCUCUUCUUAGCAGAGAUGCUUUGGCUAAAAUCAUGUACUCAAGGUUGUUUGACUGGCUCGUUGAAAAGAUUAAUACUCAAAUUGGUCAAGAUCCUGAUUCAAAGUACUUGAUUGGUGUUCUGGAUAUUUAUGGAUUCGAGAGUUUCAAGACAAACAGUUUUGAGCAAUUUUGCAUCAAUUUGACUAAUGAGAAACUUCAGCAGCACUUUAAUCAGCACGUCUUUAAAAUGGAGCAAGAGGAGUAUAAANCU